GAUACUGCAAAGAGAACUUGAACCUCGCCAUGGGUCGAUGGGCCGUGGAUGUGGCGCUAAAUCAAGGCAUGAAGACCUUUGCAGCUUCUCUCAUGGGCUACGACUUCGUAUGGGUUGCCGAUCCAGACAUGGCAGAGGAGAUCAUGCAAGGCGACCCACACAGGUACACAAAGGACUUCUCGAAGCUUCCCCUUGGUGGUGACCUCCUUCAUGUGGCCUUCGGGGACGGUCUUUUCUUUGCCCCAACGGAUGAUGAAACGUGGCAAAUUCCUCAUCGAAUCCUGAAGACACCUUUCUCAGUGCGAGGCAUACGUACCAUCAUGCCAAUGAUGCGCGAGCAAGCAGACAUGCUCAUUGCAGCCCUGAAGCGUGAUGUUGGCCAUGGUGGGAGCACUUACAUCGAUGCCUGGGUGACAAAGAUGGCCUUCGAGACAAUUGCAGUUUGUGGGCUCGGUACGUCUUUUGGCUGCUUCGAAGAUGACCAAACACAUCCUUUCAUCAACUCGCUCAAUGAGGUGAUUGGCUCCAUUGAUCCGUUGGGUCAGUGUCCGCCCAUGCUGAGGCCCAUUCUCUGCCGUCAGAUGAUGAAGAAGUUCAUCAGCUCAAGCAAGAGUGUCCGUGACGUGUGCUGCGACGUGAUUCGCAAACGUCGCGCAGCUGGGGCUGCUGACGGUCGGAAGGAUCUUCUGGAUAUGAUGCUGAACGAUGUGGAUGCGAAGACCGGACGCUGCAUGACCGAAGACAUGAUCGUUGACAACGUGCUCACUUUCCUGUUUGCUGGUCAAGACUCAACUGCCGCGGCUAUGGCUUCUUGCCUGUGCUUCCUGUGCUCCUACCCUGACUGCAAGGAUCGGCUGAUCCAAGAGAUCGACGCGGUGGUUGGCAAGGGCCAGCUUGAGUGGGAUCACUUGGGACGAUUGCAGUAUUUGGAUUGGUGCCUGAAGGAAACGCUGCGACUGGCUCCCCCGGCCAUCGGCAUCAUGCGGAGCUCCACCCAAGAGCAGAUGCUGGGAGGAAGGUGGCGGAUGCCCUCGCAGAUGCCCGUGAUUAUCAACAUCAUGGCAUUGCACUACAGCAAGGAGCUCUGGGGAGAAGAUGCUGCACAAUUCCGACCCGAACGUUGGGAGCAGGGCCAGCCGCACAAAUUUGCUUACGUCCCGUUUGCCACCGGGCCACGCCAGUGUAUUGGCAGAGAGUUCACCUUGGUUGAGCAGAAGGUCACGAUGGCCGCGCUUCUGCACUGA